UUAAUAUUUCUGACUCUCACCAUUUAAGAACAGGGCUUUUCAUGAACAAUUUGUUAAUUUGUUAUAGGAAACAUGCAUCAUCGGCUUCCAUUAAGGCUUAAACAUGACUUGAUUUUUCAGGAAAUCCAUUAUGUUGUGAUCUGUUGUGCAUUAGCAUAAUAAUGUGAAAUCAAAUUCAUUAGACCGGUGUUAUAUCAAACUAAUAUCUUUAGCAGAACAGGCAUUUGUCACUCUGACCACAAACGAUAGCUAUGCAAGAGGAGCUAUGGUGCUUGGAAAAUCUCUUAGGAACCACAAGACUUCAAAAAAGCUGGUGGUGCUCAUUGGACCCCAUGUGUCCAAUCAGACAAGGGCAGUUCCUCAUAAGAUCUUUGAUGAAGUCAGGGUAGUGGAUGUGUUGAACAGUGGGGACACAGCAACCUUAGCCAUGAUGAAGAGACCUGAUCUGGGUGUCACGUUCACCAAGCUGCACUGCUGGACUCUUACAAAAUAUUCCAAAUGUGUGUUUAUGGAUGCAGACACACUGGUGGUAUCAAACAUAGAUGAGCUGUUUGACAGAGAGGAGCUGUCUGCAACUCCAGACCCCGGCUGGCCUGAUUGUUUUAACUCUGGUUUGUUUGUGUUUCGCCCAUCUAACGAAACCUACAGCAAACUUCUGAAGUAUUGCACAGAGCACGGAAACUUUGACGGUAUGUAAAAUAGCACUAUCAAUUGGUUUUAGAUUGUGUCAAAGCUCUAAAUUUCAGUUGGAGCAAAUGGCUUUUAGGGCAUUGACAGUUUAUUGUGUAGUUUGAAGCAUUUUACAUUAAAAUUCCUGGUCUGUCCAUGCUGUCAAGGCGUUUCACACCAAGAACAAAAACUAUAACAUUGAGUAUAAUGAAAACAUACUCGGUUACUAACAUAACCUAACAAUAAUUCCCUUUGUCACGGGUGGAAGGAACACACGACAAGGAGAGCUUAAAAUAAAUUCUCCGGAGGGUGGAUUUAUCCCCAAACAUUGAACUGAAACUAGUAGAAAGGUGCUGAGUUGAGUAAGUGCUCUCCAUGUGGGUUUCCAGUGGUCGGUGGUUCCAUGUAGGACUCGUGGCGGUGCUGAUCGGCUACACACUCGUUUCAGGAAGGGAGAGGAGAAUGCAUGUUAGUUCCCAGUAUAGAGUAGACCAGCCCUCCCUGGCCAAGCCUCGCACAACUUAUCUGGCUGUGAGCGAAUGAGCCUCAGCUGUGGCCGAUCAGCCCAUGAUGAGUGAGUGCAGGUGCUCCUUGACC